UCCCUAAUAAAAUUAAAGAAUGCGGAAGUUUCGAAGUAAUAGGGAAGCAGAGUUUCCAUAACACACCAGUCGACGCUGUUUCUUAUUCCAAGCAAUAAAGCUACGUCUUGUAGAGCAUUAUUCCGUUCUAGUUUUGGAGAGUUUUAUCGACUAUUAUACAGAAAAAUGCCACUGCGUGUGGAUGACGUUAUGCAACUACUGAGCACUUUAUCAAGGGAACAAAACCUAAGAGUUACGGUUACGCAAUCCGCGCGUGGAGGCCUUAUGGCUGGCGCGGGUGCUUUUAUUGGUGGAAUAGUUGGUGGACCAGUUGGAAUUGCAGCUGGAGCCGCUGCUGGUGGUGCUAUAGGUGCAGCGACAGCAAAGUCAUUCAAACCAUUACAUGAAGUUAUACUGGCCCUACCAGCAACACAGAAGCAAGACUUAGCUAACUUGGUUACAAGCAUCAUAUCUGGGUUUGAACCGCAAGAUGCUAUUGCUUUGAUUGCAUUUGUUCAGGGCAGUGCUGCUUUACAAGGGCAAAUCUUAAGCUCAAUGCAAGAAUACCUUACUAGUAAAGCUGGAUAUCAAAUAAACUAAAAAUUAUCGGGAUGAUAAAUAUUCCUCCUUUUCUGUGUGGAUGUCAAAUUAAUUGAAAAAUAUUGGAAUGAUAAUUUUUUCUUCCUACCUGUGCUACUGGUUUAAAAUCAUUUUUUUAUAUUCACUUGUGUUUUGCAGAGAUUGGAACAUAAUUAUUAUAUUAGCCUAUGAACACAUUAAUACAUGUACACACACACACAUAUAUAGUAGGGUGGGGGAAGAUGGGACACCCUUUUAUUCUAUUUUCUUGUCCCAUUUGAUAGUAAACAAAGAACAGUUCAAGAAUUAUAAACCAUAUCCUCACGACUCCCAUAGACCGUUGUUAUUUGUUUAAAACACGAUUAAGAUAUUUGAAUAUUAUGUGCUAAAAGUGUCCGGUCUUCACCCUACUAUAUGCACUAAUAUCCUUUCUUUUUUACUAACAUUUAUUUAAAUCAUGUUGCUUCAAUCUUGCAUUAACAAGGUUCUAUAAGAACUUGGCCACUGUUGUUAGAGUGACCAGUUGGUGUUAAACUAUUGGUGUUAUAGUUUGGAUAAACCUUUUUUAUGUGACUUGUAUUGAGUUAAUAAAAAAUAAAAUAGAUACUUUAUUUAAAUAUCA